GGUAGCUCGUGUGUGCUGCGUCACCGUGGGCUUCCUUCUUGGCGGAUCCAGGUCCCGUGGAGGGUGAUGGACUGGUGGAGAGCUGGGGGCUCUCACUAACCCUACGCAGCAAAGCCGGUGACUUGCCUGCAGCAGCAGCAGUGGCGUGGAGCAAGGAGCAAGCCCGUGGGUUGAAAGCACCGAAAUCUGGCGAGGAAUCCGCGACAAGAGGAAACACCGAUCGGUGUUUGGAAGGUGCUCAUGAAGCAUCGCGCCACCGGCAGGUCUACAACCAGGCUCGUGGUCGUGGUCUGCUGUGCCCUCAGUCCAUUGCGGAGCAUCGACGGCCUCUACACGGACUAUGAGCUAUGCACGGGAAGCCUAGCGACUGUCGAAGAUGGUGUUUGCGAUAGUUCCAACAACAUCGCGUCUUGCUUGUACGACGGGGGCGAUUGCUGUCCGAGCACCUGUGUGUCAAGUGCUGGACUGUGUACGGAGGACACGCGGCAAUGCCUGAACCCCUCGGCGAGCGACUACCCUUACGAGGAUUACGAGGACUGUACGGCUAUUUUAGGAAACUUGCCUUACAUUAGCGACGGGGUGGACACCACAGCGAGUCCAGCUGUUGCAGACGGAAACGGAGAGUCUCGGAUCUUCGGCGUGAUCAACUCUUCUCUGAACCUACACGGGAUGACACUCUCCAACGGACAUGGCGUCGCAGGUGGGGCUAUUUUUAGUGCCUUGGGAACGGUGACAUUCAGCGGGGGUAGUGCAUUGGUCAACAACUCGGCCGAUGAGCACGGGGGGGCGAUGUUCGUUGACGGCGGGGCGGUGUCUUGGGACGGUGACAUGGUUAUUGCUGACAACUCAUGUUCUUGGGAUGGAGGCGCCAUUCUCAUCCGCAGUGCUGGGUCCGUGUCGUGGAGCGGCAACACGACUUUCAUCGGCAACCGAAUCUACAGUUUCGGCCACAACGGUGGCUUCAGCUACGGCGGAGCUAUCAAUGCUAUACUCGAGUCCAACGUUUCUUGGACCGAACAGACGAGCUUCAUUGAUAACCGCAUAGAUAUCGAUGCCGUCGACCGUGAGGUGGUGUGCUACGGCGGGGCCGUGGCGGUGGACUCGAACAGCUCGGCAAUCUGGAGUGGGAGUACAUUGUUCGAGGAUAACGAGGCGUGUUUUUGCGGUGGCGCUUUGCACGCAAAUGACACUGGCAUUUUCUCAUGGACCGGAGAAACAGUUUUUUCCAACAACCAAGCAACGAGCGGUGGCGUUGUUUGCUUGGAGUGGUACUCGAGUGCUUCCUGGUCCAAUUCGACAGCCUUCGUGGGGAACAAUGCUAGCGAGGACGGGGGCGCUCUCUACGUAACAGAUAUUUCGUCUGUUGCUUGGACUGGAGACACCAGGUUUGAGGGAAACAGCGCAAGGAAUGGCGGUGCGGUUCACGUCAGUGGUACCUCCUCUUCCAUAGCGUGGAGUGGAGAGACGACUUUCGAAGGCAACUUUGUAUCUGGAUCUGGUGGCGGUUUGUUUGUAGGAGAGGGCGCGGAGGUAAAUUUCACCGGACGGACGGACUUCUCGAAUAACCACGCUGACGUGUACGGGGGCGCCGUGGUAUCGCCCCUGGACAGUGUCACAGAUGCGACCGAAAGCAUCAUUUCGAUCGACGGCAUCACUUCUUUCUUCAACAACUCCUGCCAAAGCUGUGGUGGAGCCCUGAUGAUCAGCGGAUCAGUAUCCCUUUCCUUCGCAUCUGACGGUACACAGUUCCUGCAAAAUGUUGCUGAAUCCUCCGGCGGGGCCGUCUGUCUCACAGGCGUUGGGGAAGGCCCGACCUUUAGCGGAAUACGUUUCGAUUCAAACUCGGCGCAGAUCGGGGGGGCUGUGCGCUCCACGGGAUCGGGGACGACCAUAUUGGCUACCGGAGAGGAGUUUCCGGUGACGUACACUGGCUGUAAUUUCACAGGGAACUGGGCGACGGCCUCGGGAGGGGCGAUGGAGAGCGCUGCUGGAAAGGAUUUGGUGGUGAAUUCCACCUUCUUGGGCAACACGGCGAGUCAAGGGGGUGCCGCGAGGUUCGCUGGCUCGGUGUCGGUCUCGAACUGUCUGUUCAUGAACAACCAUGCAGACGAGCAAGGAGGACCAGCGAUACACAACUUGGGCUUCAUGGACGGCAUAGAGGCCUGUACAUUCGCCGACAACGAUGUUGUCUGCCCUUCAGGAUUUUUCCUGGACUUCGUCGAUGGCGAUCGAUACUCGAACGUUUGUUCCGGAUGUGAAGAAUGCAACGAUUGCGAUGUUGCUGACAACAGCGAAGUCCCUACGUGCACAAUCACGCCUGAUCACGCCCAGAGCACGGGCAGCACCGUCGAAACUCUCUCGAUCGACCGCGGCUAUUGGCGUGCAACACCUUCCAGUCGGAAUAUUCUUGCCUGUCACAACGCGGACGCUUGCUUGGGCGGAGAAACUGGGGCUGCUGACUACUGUGCUGAGGGCUACGAAGGUGCAUUGAAGAGCGUGAGCUGCACGCGCGAGCCAGACUGUGCGGUGUGCAGCGAUGGAUUCGCCGAAUCGCUGUCAUUCACAUGCAGCAACUGCUCGGAUGGCAAGGCAACCGUGGUGGCGCUGGUGGCAUUGCCAAUUAUGGUGAUACUGGGGCUGAUAUUUCUGGUGUACAUGGUGUCCAAGGAGCGCGAUCGCGAUCGCGACGCUCCCCCGGCGGGACCAUGGCAUCGAUUGAAGCAGCUUCUUCCUCUCCAGUCACUCAAAAUCAUGAUCGUUGUUUGGCAGAUCUUGACCGAGUUGCAAGAGCAACUAACUGCGUUCUCACCCGGUAUACUCUCUUAUGCUCUCCGAAUAUUUCCCGUUUGCCCCGUCCGUCUUGUUGCUCGUGUUCAGCUCGCCUCAGUCGCCACUGUGUCCUUCCCUGACGUCUACGAGCAAUUCCUUGACGGGACCGCCUUCCUAGGCUUCGACUUCGGGUGGAUGCUGUCCGCCGGAUGCUUCGUCAAUAUUGACUUUCACGACCGCGUCGUGACAUCCACGGUCGGGCCACUGGUGGCUUUGGCCAUCCUAGGGUUGACAUACAUCGUGGCGCGGUGUCGAAAUCGCUCAAGUGACCAGGCUCUCCAGAAUGUCCGCCGGAAGCACGUGUCCAUGGCUUUGUUGGUAUCGUUCCUGGUGUAUUCGCCAGUUUCAUCGACCAUAUUCCAGACGUUCUCUUGCGAAACGCUGGACGACGGAAAGACAUAUCUUCGUGUGGACUAUCGCAUCGACUGCGAUUCUUCCAAACACCUGGCGAUGGAGAUAUACGCGGGGCUGAUGAUCUUCGUGUACCCGAUCGGAAUUCCGCUCGUCUACGCAGCCCUGCUUUUUGGGGGACGUGACGCGCUGAAGAUCGCGGCUNCGUGCACAUUCGCCUUGUUGUUCGAAGCCCUCGCUCCGUACGACAGCAAAUGGGACGCUUGGACUUCUCGAUCCGGUCACGUGAUCGUCCUGCUCAGUAUUUUCGUCGCCUUACUACUCGAGCAACGUGUCACCGAUGAGACGAGUGAGAGUCAAGAUUUUUAUGGAGGAGUUCUGUUGGGCAUGAACGUCUCAAUGGUUUUGGCGGUAGUAGUGCAGGGCAUUAUUAUGGCUUGCUCUGCAACCCGACCAACUGAGUCACUGCUACCACGAUCGGUGACUUCAGCGGCUGUCGGUUUCGAUGUCGAACACAGCAGCAGCGAAUUUGACGAACACGGCCGAAAUCGCAUUGCCAGUACUGCCCUCACACAGGAUAACGAGUCGUUCCGCUCAGCUGUUGAGGACUUUUCUGGUAUUGUUUCCAGGCGAGGUACGAGUUUCCGCCAGCGUUGACCGCCGGAAGGCCGUUGAUGCCUUGCUACUCUGAUCUCGAAGCGGUCGAAAGA